CACUCAUUUCCAUCUCUGUGGGUCUUCACCGUAGUGACGGAUCUCGGGGGAGGUUUUGGUGCUGUGGUCCCCAUUGGUAGGCAGUGCGGGAGCCUCACCCACAAGGACCAGGUGGGAGGUGGCUUCCUGGAAGAAGGUCCCCUGGGAAGGGCUGGACGGGUGGGGCACGAGCUGUCCCCCCAGAGGGGGUCACGUGGGCAUAUGUCACCCUUCAUCAGGCGUGCCCUUGGGGAGCUGUACUGUGUGUCAGUGACAGUAAAGUGACAGCAGCACCCCGACCUUCAGCCACGUUCUGUUACUCCCCGGGGAUCAGGCGUUGGAUAGUACAAGACAUGUAAUAGGGAGAGAUUGGGGGGGCGGGGAGUGGGACCCCCUCUUCCCACCGCAGGGGCCGAGCAACAGGAAGGUGCCUCUCCUUCCAGGUUCAUGAACCACCGGGUGCCCGCCCACAAGAGGUACCAGCCCACGGAGUACGAGCACGCGGCCAACUGUGCCACCCACGCUCUCUGGAUCAUCCCCAGCUUCCUCGGCAGCUCCAACCUCUACCUCCUGUCAGACGACGCCUGGGAGACCGUUUCCGCCUGGAUCUAUGGCCUGGGCCUGUGCGGGCUCUUCGUGGUGUCCACCGUGUUCCACGCGGUCUCCUGGAGGAAGCGCCACCUCAGGAUGGUGGAGCGCUGCCUGCACAUGUGUGACCGCAUGGUCAUCUACUUCUUCAUAGCGGCCUCCUACGCGCCCUGGCUGAACCUCCGGGAGCUGGGCCCCUGGGCCGCCCACAUGCGCUGGCUGGUCUGGGUCAUGGCCUCCGUGGGCACCGUCUAUGUCUUCUUCUUCCAUGAGCAGUACAAGCUCCUGGAGCUGCUGUGCUACAUGGCCAUGGGCUUCUGCCCCGCCGUGGUCAUCCUUUCGAUGCCCAACACCGAGGGCCUCUGGGAGCUGGUGGCCGGAGGGGCUUUCUACUGCCUGGGCACCGUGUUCUUCAAGAGCGACGGCCGGGUCCCCUUCGCCCAUGCCAUCUGGCACCUCUUUGUGGCCUUCGGUGCCGGCACCCACUACUAUGCCAUCUGGAGGUACCUCUACCUGCCCAGCACCCUGCAGGCCAAGGUGUCCAAGUGAGGCCGCCCGACGGCACCAUGGGAGUGUUUCUGCGACUUCAGCCCGGAGCGGGCGCCCCGGCCGCUGCCCU